GCAGUUCGAAUUCAAUAAGCAACGAGAGCAGUUCUCCAAAGGAAUACUUCAGUUUCAAAAGGAUAUAAAGGAUUAAAAAAGUACCAACAAAAUGUCGCCGCCACACCACGAAGAUCGUCUCUUUGGAAUCCACUUCGGAUUGAACCUGGGUGGUCAUGGACACCAUCACCACCAUCACCACCCACCGCCGCCGCCACCGGUGCACCACCACCACCACCAUGGACCUCCGCACCACCACGGACCUCCGCCGCACCACCACCAUCACUAUGGACCUCCUCCGCCGCCCCACUUUGAUCAUCAUCACCACCACGGAGGCCACUUUGAUCAUCAUCAUGGUCCGCCGCACGGACACCAUCAUCAUCACUGGUAGUCCAGGAAAAAUGAUUGGAAAAAGUCAGUCUUCGAAGGACUUCUUUACUAGUGGAACGUGAAUUUAUAUAUAAGAAUUUAAUUUAUUACGUCAGCGUGGAACAAAAAUAACUCAAAAACCUUAAAAGGCUGAUUACAGCACCAAAAACAAAAUAAAAUAAAAAAACUAUCAAACAAAAAAAGUAAAAUAUAUUGUUUUAUACAAAAAACUA